UGUCUGUCCUCUGCAAAGCCAUGUGGCUAUACCUGGUGGCCCUGGUGGGCCUGUGCUACCUUCUGCGCUGGUACUGCGAGAGGCAGGUGGUGAGCCACCUCCCAGACAAGUUCGUCUUCAUCACGGGCUGUGACUCGGGCUUCGGGAGCCUGCUGGCCAGACAGCUAGACAUGCGAGGCUUGAGGGUGCUGGCUGCGUGUCUGACAGAGGAACAGGCCAAGGAGCUGAGGGCGCAAACGUCAGACAGGCUGGAGACAGUGACCCUGGAUGUCACCAAGACCGAGAGCAUCACUGCUGCCGCCGAGUGGGUGAAGGAGCGUGUGGGGGACAGAGGACUCUGGGGCCUGGUGAACAACGCCGGCAUCGCCCAGGCCUCGACACCCAAUGAGUGGCUGACCAAGCAGGACUUUGUGGACAUACUCAAUGUGAACUUGUUGGGGGUGAUCGAGGUGACUCUGAGCCUGCUGCCCUUAGUGAGGAAGGCCAGGGGUCGCGUGGUCAAUGUCUCCAGCGUCAUGGGCCGGGUGUCACUUUUUGGUGGGGGCUACUGCAUCUCCAAGUAUGGCGUAGAGGCCUUCUCGGACUCCCUCAGGAGGGAGCUUUCCUAUUUUGGGGUGAAGGUGGCUGUGAUUGAGCCUGGUUUCUUCAACACUAGCAUAACCAACAGUGAGAGGCUUGUGCGGUCCUUCCAGGAGAAAUGGGACCGGCUUAGCCUGGAAGUCAAGCAGAUCUAUGGCGAGAAGUUUCUGGCAUCCUACAUGGAAAGACUUGUAGUUCGGAAGCCACUGUUCUCACAGGAUCUGUCCUUGGUGACGAACUGCAUGGAGCAUGCACUGACCGCCUGCCACCCCCGCACCCGAUACUCAGCAGGCUGGGAUGCAAAGCUUCUCUACCUCCCCAUGAGCUACCUGCCCACCUUCCUGGUGGAUGCCUGGAUGUACUGGCGCUCUUUAGGGCCAGCCAAGGCUCUGUGA